AUGAGCGAUCAAAACGAAUGUGUUGUAUCCAUAGAAGAGCCUUGUGCUCUGAGGACUGACGGAAGAGCAGCAAGUACAAGCGAGGAUGACCAAAGUACCGAAAUCGACAAUGUUUCUCCAGACGAGGCUGACAAUAUGGACGUGCGAAUAAGAAACUUGAAGAAAUUGGUGGAAGAAGAAAAUCAAGAGAAGACAACAGAUGGCCCGAAUCAAAGCGCUAGACCGCCCAAGAUACAAAAGGUUCCUUUCAUUCUAAGAGAUAGGGAGGGCUUUCAUAAGUGCUACGAGCCGAGGGUGGUAUCAAUUGGUCCCAUUCAUCAUAAGAAACCGAAUCUUCGCUUUGCCGAGCAGUACAAGCCCAAAUUGACAGCAAUGUUCAUCAAAGAAAGCAAACAAGAAACCGAAGCUUUAUACAAUGUCAUCAACGAUAGAAUCCAGGAGCUGAAGGACUGUUACCAUGAAGAUGUGGUUAAGGACUACGACGACAAGACUCUCAGUUGGAUAUUGUUCUUGGAUGGAUGUUCCAUACUAGUGUUCAUACAUGGCUUUAUUCAUGGUAAGUUAAAAUAUUUCAAGAUUAAAACUGAUCACAUAGCCUUCACACAACAUGAUCUUUUCUUGCUGGAAAAUCAAAUCCCAUUUCAAGUCCUCAGGCUGUUGAUGGAUUCGACUCCACCUAGCUUCAAAACCGAAUUGAAGAAAUCAAUAGCGCAGUUUAUUUGCGCAAAUGUGAUGGCUCCGGUGGCGUUCAAGAAGUAUCUGAGUUUCGACAUGGACAAGCUAGAUCCCAUUCAUCUUCUCGAUCUGCUUCAACAUGUAGCAGUCCUAAGUAACAAGGAGAAGAUCGCAAUCAUUAACGGAUCAGAGCAUCAAACGCAACAAUCUUUUCGUAAUGUCCAGGAGCUGAAAGCAGCCGGGAUAGGUUUGAUUCCAAACAAGUUCUGCUCCUUGAGUGACAUAACUUUCUAUUCGUUCUGCUUCAAAGGUUGGCUUGAACUUCCUCCAUUGAUUGUGGAUGACUCAACAGCGCCUAAAUUCUUGAACCUGAUCGCAUAUGAAGGUUGUCCUGACAAUUUCAGAACGAACUACGAGAUCACCUCUUACAUUAGCUUCUUGGAUUCACUCAUCGAUCACGCGAACGAUGUCAAAGAGCUUAGGUCGGCAAAGAUACUCCACAACCUUCUAGGUUGUGACGAAGAAGUAGCUUCUCUCUUUAAUGAGAUAGCAAGAGAUUUGGUGCCGAACGAUGGACAUUACAAGGACGUCAAGAUUGCCAUACAACUGCACUACGAUAGUAGGUGGAUGACAUGGAUCGCCGAAGCCUAUAACGACCAUUUCAGUAGCCCCUGGACUAUCUUGGCGUUCAUUGCUGCAUUGGUUGCACUUGCUUUGAGCGGAAUUCAGACUUGGUUCGGAGUCUUUUCGCCGUCCGAUCCCUGCACUAACUGCUCCGCCUGUACAAGGAAAUGA